ACUGAAAUGAGUUGACAUUCUCCUUAUUUCCAUAGCUUUGUUAAGCUACGGUGAGAGCCUUGACUGUUAAACUGACUUUCUAAAUCGCGUCGUGGAAUCUCCAGCGCAACUAAGGUAUCAUUAGAUUAAAGUUUCAGAUACACCAGGCAGUAUUUUUCACCCGAGUGUUCCCGCAGUCUUCCUUUCCUUCGCAUCCAAAUGGCAAAUGCAGUAUCUUAGAAUAUACAAAGAAUCAACGUAGACAGCUUCAACGUGAAAAGAAACAAGGAGACUCGAAGUAUCAGGUUUCGUAACAGCCAGUUGGCAAGCGAUAGCUAGUCAAUGGCGAACGAACGAGCCUCAUAGGUGUCGAGGGUGUAUCGGAUGAAGCGGAUGGAGCGGACGAACCGGAUGAAACGGAUGGACCGAGUGCGAGAGGGUUUAUCGUGUACGAAGGACAAGUCGUGGAGAGGAACGAAAAAGAAGGCUGUGGAACGAACUAGAGGAAACUUCCACCGACUGUGUCAAAGGAAUUUAUUAUUCAAGAGAUGAAAUUAUUGAACGAGUUAUUGCAUCCUGGUGAACACGAAUUGAACAUCCGUAGUAAUCUUACACGAUUACAGGUCAUCUUCGACAUGAACGGUCUCUCAAUUCCCACGGUCAUUAAUUUAGUGACGAGAAGUUGCAACAAUUUACUUGAAGCGUGUAAAUGGAAAGCCGAAGAGAAAGAUUGUAAAACGAUAUUUCAACCGAGCUUCACCCGCUACGGAAUGUGUUGUAGUUUCAAUUACAUCACUCGUGAAAAGAUUCUUGAAGAACCAAAUCUGACACCCCAUAGAAUGACCUCCUGUGGUUACCAAAGCGGCCUUAAUAUUUUGCUGAAUUUGGAUCCUGAUGAUUAUCAUGCCAGUCUCGUUGAAUCUAUAGGAACAAAGAUCAUGUUACACAGUCCCUUUGACUAUCCAGACGACAAUGCAGCGAGCAAAUUAAUACCUGUUAAUAAAUAUUCAUUUCUUAUUGUCCAACCGGAUGAAAUGUAUUCAACGGAUAACGUUAGACAGGAAUCUACAAGAUACUGCAUAUUUCACGACGAAAUAGAUGCGAUGAAUAGUGAAAAUAAAAAAAAAAGAUAUUUCAUUCCAGCAAGAUAUUCACUUAUAAACUGCUUGGUAGAAUGUCGAGCUAGUGUUAUUCAAGCGAAAUGUGGAUGUGUUCCAUAUUAUUAUCCGCAAAAUAAUGCCAGAGUAUGCAAUCUGAGAGAUCUUGAAUGUAUAGAAACUUAUAAAUACUGGUAUGAUACUGCUUGGCCAGGAACAGAUAUGUCGCCUAAUGUUGUAUCGCUUACAGAAUUGAAUACCCAUGAAAGACCUUGCGAUUGCCAUCCAGAUUGCAAUUUUUAUACUUAUUACGUACAGAAUUCGAUAGGAAAUCUUGACAAACGUAUUUAUUACACUGGCCUCUCAUAUACAAAUUAUCCCAGCAAAGGUAAAACCUGGAAAAAUCAGAGUGUAAUUCAUAUAUUUUUCGGUGAUCUAGUGUCCGUUCAAUAUCGACGAGAUAUACGUUAUAGUUGGCGCCAUGUGUUUGCAACAUUCGGUGGUCUCCUAGGAUUAUUUGCUGGUUUUAGCCUCAUGUCUGUGGCCGAACUUGUUUAUUUUUUUAUUAUUCGAGUUAUAACAGAAGCAUUUUCAAAUAAAGGAAACGCGGAAAAUAUAUAAAUAAAAUUUCUUUUAUUUUUCUCUAUAUAUA